AGUAAGCGAAUAUCGUCACCGCCACGCGAGAGCCUUUCGCCAUUAAAGGAUACGGUUCAACCAAAGAUUCCUGUCCAAGAUCAACAUUUCAGUUGCCAAGCAAAGACCAUGGAAAUUAAAGAGCAGGUUGAUGUUGCUCGAACCAGUCAGACCAGUACGGAUAAGAAAGCUUCACCCACCGAUACCAUUGAAACAUACAAGGCCAAAUAUCCCGACCAAGCUGAGGACCUAGAAACAAUGCUUGAAAGAAUACAAGCGCUCAAAAACUUUGUAGCUAAAAAUUUAAAUGACCCGGAAGACUAUGCCAAGUUGGGUAGGCAGACGAUCGAGGGUUUAUUUGACACAAGCGUCCACUCAUUCGAAUCCGUCUUGACUCAAAAGGAAAAACAGUUCACCACACUUAUCGACUUCACCAUUGAUGUCGGUGGCGUUGAGCAAUUGAAACUUUUCGUACAACAUUGUUUUGAGAAAUUCAGCCACCUUAUUAAAGAAGAGUCCGACGAUGAAAAAGAAACUGACGACUACACAUGUUACGAUUGUCUUUCAAAUACUCUAGCGGCAAUACAAAACUUCUCAGACUUUCACCAAGGUUUUUGCUCAGCGUGUGCGGGUGCAGGUAUCAUUUCAAUCUGCUUUGAAUUCGUCAAACAAAUUGAUGCUGAAAAUUCCAACUGGGAAGAGGAAGAUGAAGACUCGCAGCUAGUUACAAUAAUUGACAACUCUAUUGGAAUUCUGCAUAACAUUUCACGGCGACUUCGGGACCGUGAGCUGUUUGCUAACCGUGAGCAAACGUUGCUUUACUAUGCUAAGAAAAAAGUUCCAACAAUUGCAGCUGAAUCUCUGCUUACUCUAGCAUAUUUAGUUGAUGAAAACACGAAUCAUCUCAUAUUGGCGGAUAAGAACUUGCUUAGCUUUAUAAUAACAUUAUUAGAUGAGGCACGGCAGUCGGAAGAUCGACAUUCGAAUGGAUAUUCUGCAAAGGAACUCGCAGAAGGCCUUAGCCAUCUCGCCAUCAACGACGCCAACAAGAAUAUUUUGGGACAAAACGGAGUCAUUCCUGUUUUAAUUUCAGUGAUCAAAACGUCGAACGUGGAUGAGGAGAAAGCCAGUGCUACAAGAGCAUUGUGGAUGCUAGCCUUUGAUGACAAUAACAAAGAAAAAGUGCGUCAAGAAGAAGGGGCUAUGGACAUCUUACACCAGUUACAGCAGAGCGAGAACCCAGAAGUGCAGAAAGCUGCUGCAGGUGCAUUGUGGGAACUCGAAGGGAAGAUAGCUAGGUCCUUAAAGAGGACCGAAUCAACCGGGAAUCACGUGAUGAUCAGCUACCAAUGGGAUUCCCAGGAAGUGCUCGUCGAAGUGAAAAACAGACUUCGAGCAAGUGGAUACAGAGUGUGGAUGGAUCUGGAGCAGAUGAGAGGAUCGACCUUGGACUCAAUGGCUGAAGCUGUUGAGAAUGCUUCUGUUGUUCUUGUCUGUGUCUCGCGACGAUACAAGGAAAGUCAAAACUGUCGUUCAGAGGCGACGUACGCGUAUGACUUGAAAAAAGAUAUCAUUCCUUUGAUGAUGGAAUGUAAUUACAAAGGAGACGGUUGGCUGGGUCUUAUCGUGACAGGAAAGAUGCGGUUUAAAUUUUGGAGUAAAGACGUAUUAGAAGAAAGUGUAACGAAACUAAUUAGAGAGCUAGGAGAAAGAGGAAAGCAUGUUGACGUGACAGAUGGACCACCCAAGCCAGUGGUGCAAGCAGAUCAAGCUGACAUUGUUGCCACUUCACCCUCAUCCCCUGGAGUGUUUACCUGGACUAAUGAAAGGGUGAAACAGUGGUUCAAAGAAAUCGGUUUAGAAAAGGUUUGUAAGGAAGACAUUUCGGGUAUGAAUGGACAGUCACUGACUGAUCUUCAGCAAUUACGCAAGGAAUGCCCCGAGUAUUUCUACAGAUGUUUGGAGCGGGACUUGAACUUGACGAACAUGCUAGACAUAUUCACAUUUACGAAGGGGCUGGGAAAGCUGUUUUAAGAAGGACAGACGUUGAUUGACCUUCAACAACCAAUACGCAGUAAAUGCCCAGAGUAUUUCUACAGAUGUUUAGAAAAGACCUUGAACUUGUCGAACAUGGUCGAUGUAUUCACAUUCAGGAACUGGGCAAGCUACGGGACGCAGUGUGUGUCUGAGUGUUAUAAGCCCAAUUUAUCGGUACGUGCAAGAUAACGAUAGAAAAACCCGUUUAGAUCAAGGCAUUUAUAGCUAAUAGUUCGAACUUCUUCGUAUGUCAGGUAUAUGACUUAAUAAGAGAUAGCGGGUAAAGCUUUUCUUGUAAUCUUUUUUCUUUUAUUUCAUUCCAAAUUUGCUCAAGUGUGUUUUCUUGUUUAAAAUAUUACUACUACCCCUUUUCAUUUUGAACCAAAAAGAAAAGUGGAAAAAAAAGUUGUAUUAAUAACAAAUAUAUCAUUGAAUACUGACAUCAUUUGGACUGGGAAAGGCUUAAGAUAUACGCCAAAAAUAUAUGGCAUGAUAAUUACCUGACAAAGUUUCCUUUUAUCUUUUCUAACCUUUCUUUCUUGGUAAUCAAAGUACGUUGAUUACCCAUACAUCACCGUAAAGAUUUUCAUUUAUUAAAGCUAGUAUAUACAGCCCUACACUGUGAGGGUUGGCCUUCAAAUCGACGGUUAGAGGAAUAUAAACCCACAAGAUCCGAUCCUCAAUAAGAAACUGCAAAGUCGUUCCCGAAUAUUACCCUAAAUGUACGGGAGCUUACCAUCUACACAAAUACCUUGUACAUAAACAUAAAACUUUUUUAAAAUUUGACGUGGUGAGAGAACGACCCUCUACAAAGUAUAUCCAAGGCUGAAGAGACCAAAAAAAAAAGAAGAAAAAUUGCAUCACUGCAAAUCACAGCCCAAAUUUCGUUUUGAAGCUUCCCAAACGGGAUGACGCAAACUAUUUGAUUUCCGGUUUUCCCAUGUAAAUGGCAAGUAGCCGUAAAUAACAGCUGUUCUCACUAAGAGCCUGUUUACAUGAAGGUGGGGGACCCCAGGUAGAUGAGGUAACAUGUGGCGGGUUACCCCACCUAACUUGUAAAGGUGAUCACAUUAAAAUGAGAGAUUAUAUGGACGGGCGGGUUACCCUACCUAAUCGGGUUACCUCACCUACCUGGGGUCCACCACCUUCGUGUAAACAGGCCCUGACUGGGGCUGAGACUGUGUGAGGAUUAUAGGAUUACGCAUAUAAGAGUUAUGCAUAUAUUUUUCUGCACAUAUAUUCCCACAUUUUUUGCGUUCUUUGAUCUACACAUGUAUAUAUAUUUUUUAAUUAUUAGUUACUUAAUAUACAUUUAUGUAUCUAUUGUACAAUACUUGCCAUUAUUUACACAUAUAUUUAGCUUAUAGUUAGAUUUAGAUGUAUUCUAAAUUUGUAUUUUCCUUUAUACUGUACCUGUUUACUAGAUAGUUUCUUUUUUUGGCAUAGAAGAGCUAAUGAAUUGAUGACGAUGGUGGUGAUGAUGAUGAUUAUUAUUGUUAUUAUAAAACCCAGUCCGAUCCACCUGGUUGCCCAAUUGCCCACUCCAGAAAAUACCAUAACAUACGAUAAUGCUCUUUGUUUGUCACCCUAAAAUUUUGCAUAAGCAUUGUUUUCAGUUUCUCUUGGGGCCACUUUAACUCCCAAGAGAAAGUGAAGACAGUGCAUAUGCAAAAUUUUGGGGUGACAAACAAAGAUCAUUAUCGUAUGUUAUGGUAUUAUGCUGUGUUACAAGUGAAGCAAACAUUUGUGCAUCAUUACUAAGAGAAUCUCUAUGUUAAUAGCGACUUAUAUCAAUAUGUGCGUGUUAUCCGCAGCUUUCUUUAUUAAUUCGAUUUUUAGAAUAAACGUCACGGACACCUUUCCCGACACUGUAAACUUUGAUCUGGAACCUUACAAGUCCAGCUUGCGAUGUACUAACCUUUAGAUCUUGUAGAUGACAACUCCAGUUCCUGUAUGAUGUGUAGUUCUAAUUAUAUAUAAGAUGUUUAGAAAUAUUUAACAAUUAUUGGAUGAGGCUGAGUAUCAUCUGAAGAAUAAUGGACAUCGAGGAGGGUGUUAUCCGCCGAGGCCGAUUCGGCCGAGAUCUCUAUAAUUCUUCGGAUGAUACGAAAGCCGAAUCCAAUUAUUGUUUUAAUAUUCAUUCAAAAUAAUUCCUGGUUUAAAAACAAGCUAAAUCGUGUUUACCUCCAUCGAUGUUAAGUUCAUCUUCAAUUGCCUGUUUAUCGGCACGUUUAGGAGAUAAACGGUUGUUCAGUACUGCAAAAUAAUAUAAGUUUUAAAUUUUAGAGAAUUUUAGCAUUUUCAGUGUCCCCAAUUAGCAAAUUAUUCAAGUUUAAAACGUUGACGAAAACUCUCAAGGGAAAACCAUUUCAGCGAGAUUCCUAGGAAACUCAGUUUUACAAAUAACUAUAUUGAAUGAAUUAUGCGAAUGGGUCUUGUUACGCUCCACGGAUGGAUAGUGAUGUACACCUAAUUUGAAUAGCUUUGUCUUAGAAAAAUAGUUAAAGGAAAGAUAGAGUCUUAAAGAAGGAAAAAAAACAAAUAGGGAAUUAAUUAGGCCUGCUUAUACAGCUAGAUCAAAACAGGUUACUUUGGUAAAUGGUCAUUCGGGCAUAAGGAACGAUGCAAUGAUUUACUUGAGUGAACACCAAAUAAUAGCUUCCCAAUGCCCAAUUCCCAAAGCAACCUUUAUUGAAUCAGCUAUAAACCUAGGCAGAUGUAGGGUACAUUCAUUUGCUGCAAAGAGUCUUUGGGGCGUAAAAGCAAAUACACCCUAAUGUAUGUGGUUUAAUAGUAAGUCUAAUAAAUUCUUAUUUGAAUUUUACAUUUUUCAUUUUUCUUUUAGCAUUUUUCUAUGACAACGUUAUUGUAAUUGACGUCAACGCGACCCCGUCAGGUAACGCGAUUUUUGCAUGGCAACGAGUGGUUCGUAACGGUGUAAAUAAAUCGAUAAUGUGUCAAGAUGCAUUAACAAUCCACCACGAUUUCCGCUAAUUUCUCGAAACCUCGGUACAGCAGACAUGAAUAGGUCGUACAUAGUACUGGCAUGUAUCAGAUGGAUAGUUAAACCGAAAUCUAGCGCUGAAAUGCUGGCAAAAAGAACAUAGUUUUUCACUUACAAUAUUGUCUUGAUUUGCUUGACCGAUUUACAUCUACCGAUUUACAUUGUUUAGGUCGACAUGUCUUAAAAACCUCGUAUCACUAUGGGUGCCGGAGCAUCGAGAAACCACCACUCUAUACAAAUACCGUCACAGCCACCGCCAGGCGAGAGCCUUUCGCCAUUAAAGGAUACGGUUCAACCAAAGAUUCCUGUCCAAGAUCAACAUUUCAGUCACGAAGCACAGAACAAGGACAUAAAUGUUGCUCGAACCAGUACUGAUAAGAAAGCUUCACCCAACGAUACUCUUGAAACAUACAAGGCCAAAUAUCCCGACCAAGCUGAGGAUCUAGAAACAAUGCUUGAAAGACUACAAGCGCUCAAAAACUUUAUUGAUAAAAAUUUAAAUGACCCUGAAGACUAUGCGAAGUUGGGUAUGAUGAUUGCGGGUUUAGCUAAUACAAGUUUCCACAUAUCCGAAUCCGCUGGGACUCAAGAGGAAAAACAGUUCAUCACCCUUACCGAAUUCACCAUUGAUGUCGGUGGCGCUGAACAAUUGAAACUUUUCGCAGAGCAUUGCUUUAAGAAAUUCAGCUACCUUAUUAAAGAAGAGUCCGACGAAAAAGAAGAAACUGACGACUACACAUGUUACGAUUGUCUUUCAAAAACUCUAGUGGCAAUACAAGGCUUCUCAGACUUUCACCAAGGUUUUUGCUCAGCGUGUGCGGGUGCAAGCGUCAUUUCAAUGUGCUUUGAAAUCAUAAAACAAAUUGAUGCUGAAAAUUCCAACUGGGAAGAGGAAGAUGAAGACUCGGAGCUAGUUACAAUAAUUGAAAUCUCUCUUGGAAUUCUGCAUAACAUUUCACGGCGACUAAGGGACCGUGAGCUGUUUGCUAACCGUGAGCGAACGUUGCUUGACUUUGCUAAGAAAAACGUUCCAGCAAUUGCAGUUCCAUCUCUGCUUACUCUCGCAUAUUUAGUCGAUGAAAACACGAAUCAUCUCAUUUUGGCGGAUGAGAACUUGCUUAGCUUUAUAAUAACAUUAUUAGAUGAGGCAUGGCAGUCGGAAGAUCAACGCCGUUGCUAUGGAUAUUCUGCAAAGGAACUCGCAGAAGGCCUUAGCCACCUGGCCAUCAACGACGACAACAAGAAAAUUUUGGGACAAAUCGGAGUCAUUCCUGUUUUGAUUUCAGUGAUCAAGACGUCGAAGGAGGAUGAGGAGAAAGCCAGUGCUACAAGAGCAUUGUGGAUGUUAGCUUUUGAUGACAAUAACAAAGAAGGAAUACGUCAAGAAGAAGGGGCUAUGGACAUCUUACACAAGUUACAGCAGAGCGAGAACCCAGAAGUGCAGAAAGCUGCUGCAGGUGCAUUGUGGGAACUGGAAGGGAAGACAGCUAGGCAAUCGUCAGAGAGGAUCGCAUCGACUAGGAAUCACGUGAUGAUCAGCUACCAAUGGGAUUCCCAGGAGGUGCUCGUAGAAGUGAAAAACAGGCUUCAAGCAAGUGGAUACAGAGUAUGGAUGGAUCUGGAGCAGAUGGGAGGAUCGACCUUGGAGACAAUGGCUAAAGCUGUGGAGGAUUCUUCUGUCGUCCUUAUCUGCUUAUCAGAGCGAUACAAGGAGAGUCCUAACUGUCGUUCAGAGGCCGAGUACACGUAUAAGUUAGGAAAGGAUAUUAUUCCACUGAUGAUGCAACGCAACUACAAACCAGACGGUUGGCUGGGAAUGCUUCUGGGAACGAANCUGGCCAUCAACGACGACAACAAGAAAAUUUUGGGACAAAUCGGAGUCAUUCCUGUUUUGAUUUCAGUGAUCAAGACGUCGAAGGAGGAUGAGGAGAAAGCCAGUGCUACAAGAGCAUUGUGGAUGUUAGCUUUUGAUGACAAUAACAAAGAAGGAAUACGUCAAGAAGAAGGGGCUAUGGACAUCUUACACAAGUUACAGCAGAGCGAGAACCCAGAAGUGCAGAAAGCUGCUGCAGGUGCAUUGUGGGAACUGGAAGGGAAGACAGCUAGGCAAUCGUCAGAGAGGAUCGCAUCGACUAGGAAUCACGUGAUGAUCAGCUACCAAUGGGAUUCCCAGGAGGUGCUCGUAGAAGUGAAAAACAGGCUUCAAGCAAGUGGAUACAGAGUAUGGAUGGAUCUGGAGCAGAUGGGAGGAUCGACCUUGGAGACAAUGGCUAAAGCUGUGGAGGAUUCUUCUGUCGUCCUUAUCUGCUUAUCAGAGCGAUACAAGGAGAGUCCUAACUGUCGUUCAGAGGCCGAGUACACGUAUAAGUUAGGAAAGGAUAUUAUUCCACUGAUGAUGCAACGCAACUACAAACCAGACGGUUGGCUGGGAAUGCUUCUGGGAACGAAGUUUUGGAUUGAUUUUCACAGCAAAACCGUUGUAAAACCAGGAGUAACAAAACUGAUUAAAGAACUAGGAGGAAGAGGAAAGGAUGGUGACGUGACAGAUGGACCAUCCGAGCUAGUGGUGCAAGCAGUUCAAGCUGACAUUGUUGCCACUUCACCCUCAUCCCUUGGAGUGUCUACCUGGACUAAUGAAGAGGUUAAACAGUGGUUCAAAGAAAUCGGAUUAGAAAAGGUUUGCAACGAAGACAUUUCAGAGAUGAAUGGACAGUCACUGACUGGUCUUCAGCAACUACGUGAGGAAUGCCCCGAGUAUUUCUACAGAUGUCUAGAACGGGACUUGAACUUGAAGAACGUACUAGAUAUACUCAAAUUUACGAAGGAGCUGAGGAACCUGUGCUGUGGCGUGCAAUGACUUUAAUUUCAAUAUUUUAGCUUUCACUGUACGGGGCUAAAACCAACCCGUUGUUGAUGAGAUUCAACGCAAACGUAGGGCAAAUUUAGAAUCACAUCUCAGUGCACAAAACUUUGCGUGUUAUACACAAACGUGCGGCAUAAAGGAGGUCCCAUCAAUUAAAUUAGUGGUUUCAUGUAUAUUGACGCCACAGUUUAUUAGUAUUACUGUUCUGCCUAAUAACAGGCGUUGAUUGAUCUUCAACAAAUAAAUGCGCUGGGUAUUUCUUCAGAUCUUUAGAACGGAUCUUUAACCUGACGAACAUGUUCGAUUCAGAAAAGAACUGACCUGUUAGGCUAUUUUAACAAGUGGUAAGCGAUAGGUAUGACUGCAUACUUCAUAGGGCUAGAACCCGUUAGAGUUAAGCUCCGACUCGUUUCAAGGCAGUUUAUACUAGCACUGAUGUUUUGAAUUUCCCAUUUGUCUUCGAUAAAGUAAUAAUAGGCCUGCUCCUCGUGUUUGCAGUUGUAGGAUGAGAGAUUGCGAGGAAAGCUUUUCUUAAACUAAUCAUUUAACACAUUUCCAAUUUGCUCAAGUUUGAUUCUUUUAAAUUUGAAAUGUGUGUAUCGAAUGAUUAUUAAAAAGUGCUAUGAAGGUAAGGGGAGAAAAAGGACUAAAAGUUGUAUGAUAACACAAUAUCAUUAAAAUAGAUAAGAUUAAAAAUAGACUAUACAUAAGAUAUCAUUAAAUAGAUCACUAAAGUUUCCUUCCAAUAUUUCUCGCAAUAAAACCCUGUCGUUCAUUUUCGAAUAACUGCAACAGCAACCCGGAAGUUACAGCUGAGACCCAACGUCACAAAUCCAGUUUGGAGUGUAACGUCAGUUCUACAGGUCGAACCAUCUGAUCGAUCACCUCUAUAGUUACCCGAGUUAAAGAGAACAUUNCUUCGAUAAAGUAAUAAUAGGCCUGCUCCUCGUGUUUGCAGUUGUAGGAUGAGAGAUUGCGAGGAAAGCUUUUCUUAAACUAAUCAUUUAACACAUUUCCAAUUUGCUCAAGUUUGAUUCUUUUAAAUUUGAAAUGUGUGUAUCGAAUGAUUAUUAAAAAGUGCUAUGAAGGUAAGGGGAGAAAAAGGACUAAAAGUUGUAUGAUAACACAAUAUCAUUAAAAUAGAUAAGAUUAAAAAUAGACUAUACAUAAGAUAUCAUUAAAUAGAUCACUAAAGUUUCCUUCCAAUAUUUCUCGCAAUAAAACCCUGUCGUUCAUUUUCGAAUAACUGCAACAGCAACCCGGAAGUUACAGCUGAGACCCAACGUCACAAAUCCAGUUUGGAGUGUAACGUCAGUUCUACAGGUCGAACCAUCUGAUCGAUCACCUCUAUAGUUACCCGAGUUAAAGAGAACAUUUUCAGUGCAUUUUUACCAGAUCUUAUGUAACUAGUAACUUAGUCAUAGAUUAUUGAACAUAAAGGAAAAAUAAUUAGAAAGACUGUUUUAAAGAGUUCCUGUUGAAACUUUAGUUUUUCCUAAAUAAAGAAUAUAUUUUAUAAAGGUAAGAGAGAGUUCUUCCUAAAGACGUAAUUAAUCUCACUAAACUGAGAUAUCGGCAGAUAUCGGCAGGAAAUAAUCCAGUUUCGGUCGGUCGCCCUUCAUUCUCUUUUACGCCACGUAUUGAAUAGCGGACACAGAUUUACAUUUGAAGGCAAACGAAAAACAAAACUGAAAGAAAAAGCGAGGUAUGCAUAGAUGCAUAAUGAUAUUGAGAUUUAAAUGCAGGGAAAGUCACUCACUGACAAGUUUAAAACUGCCAAGGAAGUCAUGAGAGAAACCAUUUCAGCGAAAUUAGUAGGAAACUCAGUUUAACAAAGAAAUUGAUGAAUUAAUUAAUUAUGCGAAAGGCUCUUGUUACACCGAACGGACGGAUAAUCAACUUAGACAGAUGUAGGGUGCAUUUAUUUGCUGCUAAGAGUCUUUGAGGCGUAAAAGCAAAUAAAAAUGCGACGGCUUCAUGCGUGCGUUGAAAAUAAAUACAUCCUACAGUGGUUUAUUAGUAAGUCUAAUUAAUUCUUAUUUCAUUUUCCUUCUUAGAAUUUUUUUAUGACAACGUUGUUGCAAUUUAGGUGUAUGAGGAAAAGUUUUAAAGGAGACCAGACUUAAGCAAUAGAAAACUUUUUUCCUGUGUUUGCAUAGCCUGAUAUAAACGCGAGAGGGGUUGGGAGAAGAGAUUGCUUUUAUAAAAUAACUUUCCCGAGAAAAAACGCAAAACUCUUUGUUAUGGCAUUGAUUAAAAGAGAAAUUCUUACCAGUCGCAAGGUCUUGUACACGAAGUGUUGCACUCGUAAUCAGUUCUUGUUUUGCAAAAAGAUGCUAUUCAAAAUACGGAUUUCUCGCAUAAAACAGUUAACGAUUAACGAUUUUUCAAGUUUCAGCCGACGGAGGAAUUGGUAAAUAAAGUAAACUUGUCGAGUUUUGAACUCGAAACCUUUUUCAAAUUCGUGCUUGCGUUAUUAGCACGCGAAAAACAAAACAUCUCGACGCCACUAUAAUGUUUACCUACUAUCGUGCAAACACUCCUCCCGGCCAAUCAGAGCGUGCGUACUAUCUUAGUUAUUUUAUAAAUAAGAAGUAUUGAAGUCAAAACACUGAACCCCGUCCGGUAACGCGAUUUUUGCAUGGCAACGGGUGAUCAGUGAAAAGAGACUCUUCGGUGCUAUUGGUUAUACAGUUCUAUGACGUAUACAAGGCCCCAGCCAUCUUGCUGUAUAAACAAUCCAUGUCGACUUACGCUCAUUUCUCGAAACCUCGGUACAGCAGACUUGAACAAGUCGUACACAGCACUGGUAUAUGUCAGAUGGAUAGUUAAACUGAAAUCUAGUGCUGAAAUGCUGGCAAAAAGUACAUAGUGCUUAGCUUACAAUACUGUCUCGGUUUGCUAGACGGCAAUUACAGAUUUACAUCGUUUCUGCAUCGACAGGUCUUAGAAGCCUCGUAUCACCAUGGGUGCCGGGGCAUCCAGAAACUCGCAACAUAAGCACCACUCUAAGCAAAUAUCGUCACCGCCACACGAGAGCCUUUCACCAUUAAAGGAUACGGUUCAACCAAAUAUUCCGGUCCAACAUCAACAUUUCAGUUACGAAGCACAAAACAAGGACAUAAAACAGCAGGUUGAUGUUGCUCGAACCAGUCAGACCAGUACGGAUAAGAAAGCUUCACCCACCGAUACUCUCAAAGAAUACAAGGCCAAAUAUCCCGACCAAGCUGAGGAUCUAGAAACAAUGCUUGAAAGAAUACAAGCGCUCAAAAACUUUGUUGAUAAAAAUUUAAAUGACCCUGAAGACUAUGCCAAGGUGGGUUUGAUGAUUGCGGGUUUAGUUCAUACAAGUCUCGACAUGUGCAAAUCCGCUGGGAGUCAAGACGAAAAACAGUUUAUCACACUUACCGAAUUCACCAUUGAUGUCGGUGGCGCUGAACAAUUGAAACUUUUCGCAGAGCAUUGCUUUAAGAAAUUCAGCUACCUUAUUAAAGAAGAGUCCGACGAUAAAGAAGAAACUGACGACAAUGAAAAGUCCGACGAUGAAGAAAAAACUGACGACAACACACGCAUUAAUUGUUACAAUUGUCUUUCCUAUACUCUAGGGACAAUACAAAACUUCUCAGACAUUCACCAAGGUUUUUGCUCAGCGUGUGCGGGUGCAGAUGUCAUUUCAAUGUGCUUUGAAAUCAUAAAACGAAUUGACGCUGAAAAUUCCAACUGGGAAGAGAAGGACUCGCGGCUAGUUGCAAUAAUUGACUGCUCUCUUGCAAUUCUGCAUAACAUUUCACGGCGACUAAGGGACCGUGAGCUGUUUGCUAACCGUGAGCGAACGUUGCUUGACUUUGCUAAGAAAAACGUUCCAGCAAUUGCAGCCACAUCUCUGCUUACUCUAGCAUAUUUAGUUGAUGAGAACACGAAUCAUCUCAUUUUGGCGGAUGAGAACUUGCUUAGCUUUAUAAUAACAUUAUUAGAUGGGGCAUGGCAGUCGGAAGAUCGACGGCGUUGCUAUGGAUAUUCUGCAAAGGAACUCGCAGAAGGCCUUAGCCAUCUCGCCAUCAACGACGCCAACAAGAAAAUUUUGGGACAAAACGGAGUCAUUCCUGUUUUAAUUUCAGUGAUCAAAACGUCGAACGAGGAUGAGGAGAAAGCCAGUGCUACAAGAGCAUUGUGGAUGUUAGCCUUUCAUGACAAUAACAAAGAAAAAAUACGUCAAGAAGAAGGGGCUAUGGACAUCGUACACCGGUUACAGCAUAGCGAGAACCCAGAAGUGCAAAAGGCUGCUGCAGGUGCAUUGUGGGAACUGGAAGGGAAGACAGCUAGGCACUCGGAAAGGAUGGAAUCGAUAGGAAAUCACGUGAUGAUCAGCUACCAAUGGGAUUCCCAGGAAGUGCUCGUCGAAGUGAAAAACAGGCUUCAAGCAAAUGGAUACAGAGUAUGGAUGGAUCUGGAGCAGAUGAAAGGAUCGACCUUGGAGGCAAUGGCUGAAGCUGUUGAGAAUGCUUCUGUUGUUCUUGUCUGUGUCUCGCGACGAUACAAGGAAAGUCAAAACUGUCGUUCAGAGGCGACGUACGCUUAUGACUUGAAGAAAGAUAUCAUUCCUUUGAUGAUGGAACGUAAUUACAAAGGAGACGGUUGGCUGGGCAUUAUCGUGACAGGAAAGAUGUGGUUUGACUUUCAGAGUAAACACGUAUUAGAACAAAGUGUAACGAAAGUGAUCAAAGAACUAGGAGGAAGAGGAAAGGAUGUUGACGUGACAGAUGGACCAUCCGAGCCAGUGGUGCAAGCAGUUCAAUCUGACAUUGUUGCCACUUUACCCUCAUCCCCUGGAGUGUCUACCUGGAAUAACGAAGAGGUGAAACAGUGGUUCAAAGAAAUCGGUUUAGAAAAGGUUUGUAAGAAAAAAAUUUCGGGGAUGAAUGGAAAGUCACUGACUGAUCUUCAGCAAUUACGCUACGAAUGCCUCGAGUAUUUCUACAGAUGUUUGGAGCGGGACUUGAACUUGACGAACAUG